ACCUGGGGGGGGCAGGGGGUGGAGGAGGGGAGGAGGAGAGGAGGAGGAGGAGGAGAAGUGGGCGGGUUACUAGGAGAAUGCCGGUGCCGAGUUGUGGUUUGUUGAUGAUGUCGCGUUCUUGGUUACCUUGUUGGAUUGGGAGAUGUGGUGGUGGGUUUCCCUGCUUGCGCCACGUGUCCUCCAAUCUUCCUAAUCACGAGGUUGGCAGCAGCGAUCUCGUCGUUCGACGAGACCUCCGGCGACGACGAAACGAAUGUGGUAAUCCCGAUCUUCCAUGUUAUUGUCGUCUUCAUGGUCCUUACAAUUUCUAUCUUCUUCUUGCUAUCGCCCUCUCUGGACUGGCGAUUGCUCUGACCUUGUAUCUGUUGGCUCUCAAACAUCAUCGGCACUUAAUGAGAGCGGAAGCGGAGGCGCAGUGCGAAGAGAAACAGCGGGCUGUGCGAAUGGCUGUGGAAAAAAGAUUGGGAUCUCUUGUUGCGAUCUCGUCUGUCAUACAAAGCUCAUCAUCCAUCGAUCAACAGCAGUUUUCCAGACUCUCAGAUGCUCUGGUAGGAUGGACUCGUAAUGUUCGCAACAGGUUAUGGGUUCGGGCAGCUGGAAACCUGCAAGUUUCACCAUCAUCACCACCGCAUGUGGGAAAUGGAACAAUAGCAGGAGAACGUCAUAGCUCUGCUUCAUGGCAGGAAGAGGUGGAAGGAGAUGCGAGCCAGGCGCUCGUUACGUUUGUGGAUGGGCCAGUUCCUGAUUUCAUUGUCUUAGGGAUGGACCUAUUGAAUGAUUCUAAGUUCCGCUUACCACUUAUGAGAGCAAAGGAGAGUGGGUUAAUCACAAUGACUGGUCCAUUCACGAUGGAGAAUGCGAAGAGGUCAUCAAUGGCAUUUCUUGCAGUGUAUGAUAGUCCAAAGGGCGUACGAUCUAUGGAAGCAAAGAGCCGUGCAUGCUUAGGAUUUGCAGCAGUGACUCUUGACGUAUCAGACAUAAUAGAGGACGUGCUGGGACAGGUCCGGCCUCGACGAUGGGCCGGGGUUACGAGGAGAGUUUGGGUGUGGGAUGCAACACUGCCGGGCGCAGAGCUGGUGUACCCUCCACAGAGUCCCUCCUCGGUAAUGUCCGGAGACUGGGAGGAGCACACCCUGAGGAAACCUCUUGACCUGGGUGAUCCAUCAAGGCAAUAUGAGAUUUGGUGCACUGUAGAUGUUCUCUCCGGAGCGCCACUCUAUGUUUUGCUGUGGCUGGUGUUUCUCCUCGUCUUUGUGGCUGCCAUACUUUUGAUUCUGUGCCUAAUGCUCCAACGCCUUGCGUCUGUGACGAAGACAGUCGGAAACAUGCAGGUCGUGCUCAGGGAAACUGAAGCUGCCAAGAAGGCUGCCAUUGAUGCAGAUCUUGCAAAGAGCACAUUCAUCGCAACAAUGUCACAUGAGAUCAGGACACCUAUGAAUGGAGUAAUUGGGUGUAUGUCUUUGCUCCUGGGUACGAACUUGGAUGCCACACAGAUGGAGUAUGUUAUGACAGCGAAAUCAAGUGGCAAGGCAUUGAUAAGUCUCAUCAAUGACGUACUGGACUUCUCAAAGAUUGAGGCGGGGCGAAUGGAGCUGGAGUGCGUGGCUUUCAAUUUGAGGGCUGAGAUUGAUGAUGUUCUGAGCUUAUUUGGGGAGAAAACACGGGAGAAGAAGUUGGAGUUGAGCGCCCUUGUCCAAGACCCUGUUCCCAAGAUCAUCCUGGGUGUCCCAUUGGACGUGAGGUCGAAAUUAUUCCGCCCGUUCACCCAAGGACACUCAAGCACAUCAAGGCAUUAUGGUGGCACAGGGAUUGGGCUCAGCAUAUGCCACAAACUUGUCUCGUUAAUGGGUGGCCGAAUGGGUUUUAUCAGCACACCGGGGAAAGGAAGCUCAUUUAUCUUUGAAAUUCCUUGUCGGGUGCAAGAGCCUGGGGCUUCCGGACCAGAUCCUGGCCAUUCAUCUGCAGCGAGUUUGGUCUGCGCAGAGCUGAAGGGUGUGAGGGCUGUCGUGGUGGAUGAUGAUGAGGUGAGGAUAGCAGUGGUCUGCAGCUACUUGCGUCAAUUGGGAGUACACCCGCAUGUUGCAUACAGUGCGACGGAAGCUAUCUCAAUGCUGACAUCAAAUGGGAGAGGGCAGAAUGCUCCGUUCAGAUUUACAAUCAUCGACAACCAAAUUGAUGGAGGAUCAGGCCUAAGGGUUGGGAAGCAGAUCCAUGAGGAGCUACAGCUAUGCGGCCUUCCGUUGCUGCUGCUGACCGAAUCGCCACCCGACAAAAGAGCGGAUGACGAGAUAAAGCGGUGUGGGUUUAGUGCAUGGAUUGGGAAGCCGCUAAGGCAUAGCCCACUGGUUACGGCCUUAGCAACAGCAGUCUUUCCUGAUUCAGUCAUUGGUGCAACUCCUUGGCAUCAAGAUGUGAAUAAGAACCUGGCUGAUUUCUUUGCUGCAAAGCACCGGAAGGCUAUGGAUUCGGUGCGCGAGUUCAACAUAGAGGUAUUGGACCCGCUCACGUCCGAGGACUUUGCAUGGCUUCCUCUCCCGACCACAGGCCGCUUGCGGGGACCGCAAUGCGCAGCACUAUGCGCUCAUCUCCACACUUACUUAUCCUUCUAUGCACCACCAACUUCGCCGACGGAUGACGAAGUCGCGGUGGGGGACAUCCUUGCGUAUACUACCAAGGUGGCCCGCGAGUUUCACACGCAGUGGUACGAUGACAACAACGCACCGCUCAUGUAUGUCCGCAUCCAGGUUGGGCAAGCGUCCUGCAGCGCUUUGCUGGAUAGCGGCGCGUCUCGCAAUUUCAUGAGCCAAUCCUUUAUGCAAAGGGCUGGCCUUGGCGCACAAGUUCGGAGGAAGGCAAACCCGACGGCGAUCAAGUUGGCGGAUGGGAAAACGCAACUUCUCGACCGAUACAUCGAGGCCGUACCGGUUUAUUUCGCACCUCAUGCAUGCGAACCGGUCACGUUCGAUAUUCUCGACACGGACUUCGACAUCAUCCUGGGAAUGCCUUGGCUUGCAAGUGCGGAUCACACGGUCAACUUCCACCGGCGGACUCUUAGCGUUUGUGACGCCUUCGGCGCCGAAGUGGCGUGUACUAUUCCUCUACCGCACCCUUCGAUUCGGUGCCAAGUGGUGAAGGCCAAAUCAUUACGGGCGACUUGCGCUUACGAGCAGCCCGAGGAGAUCGGCCUAUGCUUCCUACGGACCGUCGCGGUAGCCGACGCUUCAGCCACGGACUUGUCUUCGGACUCCCGGGUGGUGCGGUUGCUGGACGAGUUCGCCGACAUCUUCGAGUCACCUACCGGUGUGGUGCCGGAUCGGCCGAUCUCUCACGAGAUCAUUCUUGGGGCCGGUGCCGUGCCGCCAAAAGGUUGCAUCUAUCGGAUGAGGGAGGAGGAGCUUGAGGUCUUUCGCGCACAACUCGACGAUUUGUUGGCCAAGGGCUGGAUCCGCCCUAGUAGCUCCCCAUAUGGAGCACCGGUUCUCUUCGCCAGGAAGAAGAACAAGGAUCUACGAUUGUGUAUCGACUACCGCAAGCUCGACGCACAAACCGUCAAGAAUGUGGGGCCUCUUCCGCGCAUCGACGAUCUUCUUGAGCGAUUGGGCGGUGCAAAGUAUUUUUCUAAGUUGGAUUUGAAAUCGGGAUAUCAUCAAAUAUCGAUCCGGCCGAACGAUCGCUACAAAUCCGCGUUCAAGACGCGGUACGGGCAUUUUGAGUGGGUGGUCAUGCCUUUUGGCCUCCCCAACGCCCCGACGGCCUUUCAAGUGGCAAUGACCAACGAGUUCUGUGCAAUAUUGGACCGGUUCGUGUUGGUCUACUUAGACGAUAUUCUCGUCUAUAGCCGGAGGUUGGAGGAUCAUCUUGGGCAUCUUCGACGAGUGUUGGAGACUCUCCGCUGCGCCAAGUACAAGGCCAACCGCGACAAGUGCGAAUUUUUCCGGCAAGAGCUGGAAUACUUGGGCCAUUUUGUCACACCGGAGGGCAUCAGUCCGCUAUCGGACAAGAUUCAAGCCAUCCAAGAGUGGCCGGAACCUCGGAACGUCACGGAUGUCCGUUCGUUCCUUGGCCUUGCCCGCUACUACCAGUGUUUUAUUAAAGGCUACUCGAAGAUCGCGGCCCACUUGACCAAGUUUCAAUGCGAGGAUCGGCCGCUUGACUUCGGAGAGGAGGCGCGGGAAUCAUUUUUGGCUCUCAAAGCCGCGCUAUUAUCUGUGGAGGUCUUGCGCAUUUACGACCCGCUUUUGCCUACGCGCCUCAUCACGGAUGCGUCCGGCUAUGGCAUUGGUUACUUCAGCAAGAAAGUGCCCGUCGUGCAUUCCAUUGACAAUGCACGCAAGGAGCUCCUCGUCUUUGUCCACGCGCUCAAGCAGUGGCGGCACUUCCUCCUUGGUCGAAGCCCAUUUCGAUGGGUAACGGACAACAAUCCGUUGGUCUUCUAUAAGACCCAAGACACCGUCAACAGCACCAUCGCUCGAUGGAUGGCUUUCAUCGACCAGUUCGACUUCUUUCCCGAUCACAUUCCCGGGAAGUCUAACCGUUUUGCGGAUGCUCUUUCACGGCGUCCGGAUCAUUGUACCGUAGUCUACUCAACCUGCGGAACAGCUUCAUCCGAGGCUACCAAGCCGACCCCGAGUUUUGUGACAAGUACGCGAAUUGCUCCUCUCCUAAUCCGGCGCCUUCUCACUACCGGAUCCAAGAGGGGUACUUUCUUGUCCACACGCGGGGGAAGGACCUUCUUUGCGUACCGAGUGAUCCUCACUUGCGUACACGACUUCUGGGCGAGUUCCACGAUGCUCCCGCCACCGGACACUUUGGAGUCAAUCGCACGAUUGGCGAACUUCGCAAGCGAUUUUGGUGGCCCGGCCUUCUCGGCGACGUCACUCGCUAUUGCGAGUCAUGCGAGGUUUGCCGACGCUGAAAAUCCUGCAACCAUCGUCCGUAUGGGGAGUUACGACCAUUACCGGUCCUGUUGCGGCGAAGGGAAGCGAUUGCCAUGGGCAUUACAGGUGGUCGACGACAACCUUGUGAACCGUAUAGUUGCAACCAAGAUGCUUAAGCAGUUUGGAUUUGAGGUCAUCGCCGUGUCAAGAGGAUCUGAUGCUAUUGAACUGAUGACCCCCUGCAACCAUGGUUUUGACGUCAUCUUUAUGGACGUUCAGAUGCCUGAGAUCGAUGGGUAUGAGGCAACACGAGAGAUUCGGCGAUUGGAAAGAGAGGUGCAUCCUUGGAACCAGGAGAAUAUGUCGAAAACAAGUGGUGUGAAGAUCAUUGCAUGCACUGCGGAUGUUUUGAAAGGCACGCUGGAGCAGUGCAUCCGAGAAGGCAUGGAUGACUAUGUACCAAAGCCAAUAAGCUCAAAGCAGCUGAGAGCAGCACUACGCCGGGCGUUUGGGCUUCAUCAGGAUGAGCAAUAGAUGCGUGCAAUGGUCAUUCGUUGAUGCUUCCUUUCUUUAUCCGAUAGAGUGACUCGGUUUCGCCCUGCUGCCCUUGCCUUUUGCGAGAACGGGGGCAAGCAAAGAUGGCAGUUAGGGCUGUCUCUCCGGUAUUUGUUCUCUGCUGUUUGCCCGUCAAGCGUAACCUGUCACAUCUUGCUUCUAUCAACAAUCGUGGAGACGUGUCAUGGAUCAAGCCAAUUACCAGCUCAUCAGUCUUGCUCUCCCCUAUAUGGCACUGAGUGCUGCCCAGUGGCCACUGGUAUACCACUGGCAUGACCUUCUUCUCGGUCGUGGUUCGUGUGCUCAGCAAGACUCGUACUCCACUUGUGCCAGCAGAUACAUUUGUCGCUACACUGUUGGUUACCAUUGCUAUGGUUGUAGAUUUCGCAGGACCAGUGAAUCAUCCAAUUGUGCUCUGGUGGAGGUUGUGAAUCAUCAUCAUCAUCAUCAUCAUCAUCAUCGCUACCCAGUGGCUAUCUGGACCAGGUGACUCGUACUCCACUGGACCUCAGGCAAGGCAGUGGAGGUUGUGCUCUGGUGCAGGUUGUAGAUUUCGCAGGGUGUCCACGAGUUGUUUUCCCGUUGUUGUUGUCUUUUCUUCCUGUUUUUUUGUUCUUUUUUGCACAUUUUUUGACAGUUUCCCCUGUCCUUUUAGGCUCUGAUGUCGCGCUGCCUUUACCGGACAACAUGUGAUCGAUCGUUUUUCAUUUGAGGUCUGGUUGUACAUGUUGAGAGGCAGGAAUGCUGGAGGGGGAGAGAUCAUCAGAGGAUUUCGAUAGCCGGUGUCUGUUGGAGCCUAUGGUCAAUGUGUAUAUUGAAGCAAUCUUGCUGGUGAGCGUUGGUGGCGCCCAUGGCAUUUUUGCGGGACGGAGUCUGAACAGACUUGAUCGAGCCAUCUCUCAAGUCAACAAGGCAAAAGCGGAGGCGAUUGUGGCGAACAACAUGCUGUCUUCUGUGGAUUAUUAUACUCAGAACCGAGGAGAGAACCAUAGGGCUUCAUCUUUCAGGGAGGGGUACAGUGUCUCUUUGCUGAAGCUCGGCGAGAGGUUCCGUUUUCAUCCGCGCUGCUGUUUGCUUCCGGAUUCAAGCUCUGUCUUUCAGAAGGGUCGUGCCAGAGAGGAAACGACAGUUUGCACCUUACCUAGGCUGCUUAGAGAUCGAUGGCAGUGGAAUUUUAGCUGGGGGACAGGUCAACCCAUCCAGUUAAAGCCGCUCUCGCCUUGCAUGAGCCGUCUCUCCUGCAGCCUUCACAUAAGCAGAAGGGCUGUUGUAGGUCCGAGCUCUCUCCUCCGUAACAGACAUGGCCAGCAACGGACUCACACAGACGUCGAAAGUAUCAGGUGUUUCCCCCUGGCCAUGGAAUGAACUUCACGAGUGCUUGUCAAGGAAGCGCAUGCCGGGACGCUUCUGUAGGGAAGGGGGUCCCGGGGGGGGGGGGGGUGAGGAGGGACGGUCGCAUGCGCCAGGACGUUUUUUCUGCCUCUUGAGAACAUGCACUUUGGAGGCAGGAAGCUUGUGUUUGGGAAUGAGAGGAGGGAGGCUCCAUCUGCGGCGAAGGCGGGACAUGUAAAAGGCAUUUCUGAGUUUGCAAAGCACGAGAACCUGUCAGUCGUGGGUCGAGUUGCGUGACAGUAUCGUAUGCCCACCAUGACGUAACCUGUCAGAAGUGACAGCGGCUAAAUGACAUGACCUGUUGUGAGAAGGCAUGGCACAGCAAGGCAUGGCAUGGCAUGCCUGCCAAUAUGUAAGACCAGCAUUGAUGUUUGGUGGCCAUUGUUGCCGCUUUUCCAAUGCUGGGACUCUUGGUUGUCUUUCUUGGUGCCCAAGGAGCAAAUAAGGUUUUCAGUCCACUUCAUAAUAAUUUUGCAGGUGACUGCAGGCCAGGUUUCUGAAAAUCUGCACUUACAUACAAACAUACCUACAUAUAUGUGAUGGCCUGCUAGUGGAACUUGUCCAGGUUCCGUGGCCCGGAGUCGAUGGCCCUGCUAUGGGAUGCUGUUCGCAGCUGCGUCGUUGAUGAAGUUAGUAUGUUGUCUAUGCCAGAUAAAUCAAGCAAACGAGUCACCGGAGGCGGUGGAGAGGGGUAGAGAGAGGGGUAGAGAGAGGGGUAGAGAGAGAGAGAGAGAGAGAGAGAGAGAGAGAGAGAGAGAGAGGCUCAAGUGUCAGACAUGUGGAGGAAUUAUGGAUUUCACAUGCAUUGCAUACAAGAUUGCAAAUGGGAUUUUAAGCUUUCCUUUUUAACUAUGCGCAGGUGCACUUAUCAUCUUGUCCCAGAACUGUUGACAUCAACUCCGAAAGCUUUAAAUCUUCUCUGAUGCUUUCGUUGCCAGUGCAGUGGGUCGGCUGCACUGCUAGACCAAGUCAUGUCAUCUUGCAAGCAGCUCAACUUGAGUGGAAAAGAUCGUAUGGAACCGGCAGGCAGUUUCUGUCAUCAAGUUCAAGGUGCUUGCUGUCAAGAAGUGAGAGAGCAUGGUGAUCAACGGAAGCCUCGCGGAACUUACAUCUUGCUGCUGUUCUUGGAGAUUUGAACAUCAUCGUGCGGUCUGCGGCCGUUUUCUUCCUCGACAAAGUCCCGGGAUCUCGGCCAGGACCCAGUGAUUUCAGGUGUGUUCUUUCUUGUCCGUGUCAGAAUGAGUCGGAGAACCGCAUGCACCGCAUGUCAUCAUAGCUGCAUGAUUAUGUUGGAGUAGUAAAAUCCAAGGCACAAUGCACCGGUCCAAUUCUCUUGUAGCUUGGAAACUAGUUUUGUGUUCAAAAUGUGACAAGCUGCUUUCGUGUGGAGAGAGAAGUCCAUUUGCAUAAGCGCACUUGCAACCUUGGGGUUUGAAGCCAUGGUUAACAUUGGGGUGUUUGAAGCCAUGGUAAAGUAACAGCUGGCUGGGAACUGCGGUGAGUGAGAACGCUAGCACUGCCUAGCAGGACGAAGUCAUUUCACUGAAUGCUGAAAGGUACAGUCGCUGGCCUGCAAGUUGGUGCGCCUAUCUGACACGGGCAUGGGAAGAAGCAAAGGUAAUAUAUGCUUUGGGGAAAUUGGUGAUGGGUGAAUUGUUGAAGCAUGAAGCUGGCUUUUAAUAUGUAAAGGGAGGUAGUCACCGUGUUCUCAACGCGACUAAUUGAUUGAUGAUAGUGGUCUGUGACUGUCCAUCUGCAGUUCUUAAGCAUCAGGCUGCAUAAGGCUAUGAUUGUGCUACACUAGCAUGAGGUUGUUCUGCAUUUGGAGCAGGCAUGUGCUAGUCCAGCACAAUCACACCAUAACUGGGCAUAACGGUCGAACAGCAGCCUGUCUUCCUGUUUCAGUCAGGAAGCGAAUAAAAUCAGUUCGUAAGCCCAGAGAGUGAGAGAGAGAGGGAGUCUUGGAGGGAAUAAAAUGAGUUGGUGAGCACACACACACACAGAGAGAGAGAGAGAGAGAGAGAGAGAGAGAGAGAGAGAGAGAGAGAGAGAGAGGUUUUGAAUGGUUUUAGCAGCAAUGUCUGUGCUACAGGAUGAAUAGAGGGAAUGUUCUUGACAUUGCUAUCCUUGUGGAGAGAGAGAGAGAGAGAGAGAGAGAGAGAGAGAGAGAGAGAGAGGUUUUAGAAUGGUUUUAGCAGCAAUGUAUGUGCUACAGGAUGAAUAGAGGUAAUGUUUUUUGACAUUGCUAUCCUUCAUGUGAAGGAUUGGUAUAAUCUGUGUCCGCGUGUUUGGAGUUCAGUUAGUAUUCAUACAGAAGGUUCAUACAGAAGUAUUGCCACGGUACUGGCAUGUAGCAGCUCUUGUUUAUAGCUGGUGCAUUGGAGUUGGUUUUGGCUGUGUUGCCGGUGCUAUCUUUCGGUGAUACCUGUGGAGGAUGUGAGUUGCUGCCUCACUCAGGCUGAGGAGGUCAGCCUGGCUGUUGCUUCCCGACAGCACAAGUCUCUCUUCGGAAGUCCUCUCACCUGCCAUCGGCUUGGUCCCGUCAUCUCUGCCAUGUUAUCAUGGGAUGCUGUACCAGGUUUGCGAUGCUCCGUUAGUUCUCCGUCUGGCAUAUAAUAUAGCCACACCUGUUGUUAGGGUAUGUCCCGGAAUCCCUGCAUUUUCAGGGAGGAUUUUUCGACUUAUUUUGGUGUUCCAUUCCAUCCUUUAAAAGGAUUACGAUGCUCGUGUUUCGGUCAUUGGAAGGGGGGAGAUGAAAGUGAUAAAAAUUUUAAAAACCA